AUGAGUUAAAUUCCUAAACAAGAUGAAGAAGGUUAAAAUUUAUUAGAUAAGGGAAAUCAAAGAGAAUAAUUUCAACCUUCAUUUUAAAGGUUCUCAUAUAGUUCUAAUUGGAAUGAAUAAGAAAAUCCUUAAAAAAAAUCAGAUUAUUCAGGUCCAUCUAAAUUUGAUGCAAUUGUGAUUUUGAUUCUAUUAUUUAUGGUUGGAUUAGCUGGAUUUGGAUUAUUAAAACAUUACGAUGGUAAUGAAUGAUGGUUCUAUUCAUUAGUUGUCAUCCCUGAUAAACCUAUAGAAAAUAAUGUACGUGUUACUCCAUAAUUAGUUCAUCCAUAAGAAUCUGUUGUUUAAGAUGUUUUUAAUAAAAUAAAUGAAGGUCUUUAAAAUUAAGAAUAAUAAAUGGUUGAAAAUCAAAUUACUAAGGAAGAUGAAAAAACUCUAGAUUAAGUAUUAGAUAAUUAUAUUUCAAAAAUUGAAUAAUAUACUGAUAUACGUACAGUCUGGGUAGAUGAUGAUGAUAGCUUAAUUGAUAAUAAAAAUAAUUCUUUAAAUAAUGAAUAAACAUAAAUAGAACAAAACUAUUAAUAGUAAUAAAAUAUUGUAGAUGAUUUAGAUGAAUUAAUCAUCUCAUAAGAAGAUGAAAUAUAAAUUAUUAGACCUGUAUUUUCAAAGAAUAUUUACACAUAUAAAGAAUUGUAAAAUGGUUUAAAAGUUUUAUACAUUCAAUCUACAACUGAAAGUAUUACUUUAGUUGCAUCAUUGAAUCUUGGUAGAAUUAAUGACCCAUAAGAAUAAUCUGGAUUAACUGAAUUAAUGUUUAAAUGUUUAUAAACUAAUUUCCAGAUAGAAGUUAAUGAAUAUUACACAAAUUUUAUAAUCUAAUUAAAUUUAUUGGAAGAAUUAAAUGCUAAAUUGUAAGAGCUAUAUAUGAUAUUCACACAACCAAUAUUUAUUGAUAUUGUGAAAAAUGCUAAAGAAUAGUAUGAAAAAAUCAUAAAUGAAUCUAAAUCUCCUCAUUUUCAAUAUGUUUCUAAGUUUUUAAAUUCAUAAUCAAAUUUAAAAGAAUAAUCUAUUUUAUCCGCUGAUUCAGAUCAAAUUUACUAAUUUUUUAUUUAACAUAUUUCUUCAGAUACUAUUAGUUUUGUAUUCUAAAGUCAAUAGGAUUUUGAAAUUAUUUAAACAAGACUUUUAUAAUCAGAAUUAAUGAAAUUAUAGAACUUACAUAAAUAUCAUGAUCCAACUUAUGAAAAUAACUUUCCUUAAGGUAGAUAAAUUCUUAAAUUCAAGAGUGAAACAGACCUUUUAUAAAUAUUAUCAAUAAGUGAUGAAUUAAGUUGUUAAAGAUUUUUAUUAUAUUUAUUACCAAAGCCUUUUAUAGGUUCAAUAUAAGAAAAUCAAUUAUUAAUUAAAUUAGAUGUCGAUAUUAAUAAUGCUUUAACAACUAUUAACAAAUUUAUUUAAUUUCUAAACUUUCUUCAGUAAGCUGAUGAAAUUUAAUUAACAUAGUUGUAUUCUUAAAUGUUAGUUACAGAAGAAUUACUAUUUAAUACUAAAUAUCAAGAAGAUUUAAAAAAAAUUAGUUAAAAUUUAUUCAUCGAUCCAAUCUAUGGAUUAAAAGGUAAGGAGAGCUUAAGAGUUUUUGAUAAAAAUGAAUUUGAUUAAUAUUUAACAAAUUUAGAAAAUAAUUUUAUCAUUUUGAUAGGAAGUGAUAAUUUUUAAUUUGAUCCAAAUUAUAAAUCAACAAAUGAGGAUUAAAUAUUUUUUGUGGAUGGUGUAUUAAAUAAAAUUUAUUAAUAAUUUCAAUAUGAUUUAAAAGCUUUAACAACAUAGUUUGAUUAAACGAAUUAAUAUUAAUUUGAAUUGCCCUAAUUAAGUACAUUUUUACCUGAAAAUUUGGCUUUAGUAUCAGUUUGUCAAAACCCUGAUUAGUAUAAUACUUAAGAAUAGGAUAAAACUUAAAUUGAUAAUUUGAGUAAUACAGUAAGAGAAAGUAAAUAUGAUGUCUCAAAAGAGAUUAGUUUUGAAACUAUUGAAUUUAAAUGUGAAUUUCCUAUGCCUAAUUUUGGAAAUAAUUGUGUAGAAUAAGAAAAAGCUGCUUAAAUAUCUUUAGUUCCAUUUUAAAUUUCAAGUAAUGUAUGGUGGAAACCAAGUAGAUUAGAUGCUAUGGUGUUUACAGGUUUAUUUAUAGAAAAACCAGAAUCCACUUUAGUAGAAGGGAAAACAAUGUUGAAGCUUUUAUAAAAGUUUUAUACAGAGUUAUCAAAAAAGUAAUUUUAAUAAGAAAUUCUUUUUGGUUAUGAAUUAAAUUUUAAAGAAACUAUAAAUGGACUAAAUAUAUAAAUGUUGAGUUAUUCUGAAAAAUAAUAAGAAUUUUAGGAUAAAGUUUUUGAUUUAAUGAAUACUGAUGAUGAAUAAUUAUUUAAUUAUGUUAAGGAUUUGUUAAGUUAGGAUAUUAAAAGAUUUCAUGAUUAAAAGUUAUCCUUAUUAACUAAACAUUACUAUUUACCUAAGAUUAUGCUUCGUCCUGUUAGUUCUUCUUAAGAAAUAAUAGAUGAAUUAAGUGAAAUUGAUUAUCAAAGAUUUUAAAUAUUCUCAGGUUAAUUAUUAACAAGCAAAAUUUAAAUUUUGAAUUUAGGAAAUAUAUUACCAAAUAAUAAUGUAGUUGAAGAUUCUUAAGAAAUUUAUAUUACUAGAACUUUAAAUUUAAAAGGAUAGAAUUUAAAAUAUAAAGUUAAAAGAGAAUCCAACAUUGAUCUUACAUCAUCUGUAUUAAAUUAUUAUUAAACAGGAUUAAAAAAUUUAGAAAAUACAGCAAAAUUAUAUUUUUAUAGUGAUUUUCUAUAAUAAUAUUCAAACAAUUAUUUUCCAAUGGGAUAAUAAAUUCAGAUUAAAAGAAAAGCAUUAGGAUGUGCUGAUGGUUUGUAGAUUUAUAUGUAAGGAGUAAAUCCUGAAUAAGGAAAUAAAUAAAUUGAUGAAUUUUUAAAAGAAGCUAAUAGUUAUUUAAAUAAACUAUAAGAUGAAGAGAUAGUAGAUUAAAAGAUUCAAACAAUAAAUAGAUUAUAAAAUGAAAUAAAAUUUAAGUCUCUUAAAGAGGAAGGAGAAUAUAUUUGGGAUAAAAUAGUUAAUAAAAACUAUGCUUUUACAGAAAUCUAGGAUGUGAUUGGAUAUUUAGAUGAAGUGUUUCCAUAAAAACUUAAAGAAUGUUAUAAUUUAACAAUGUAAGGUUUAAUUAGUGUGUAAGUAUAUGGAUUAUAGGAAUAGAUAGAAAAAGAUGGAGGAAUGGAGUAAAUAGAAGAACUAAAUGGUUAAGAUGUAUAUGAAUGCUUCUUUUAAUUAUGA